GAUUUUCGUCUUGGUGUUUGUUUUUGUUUGUUUGCGAAUGAAUGUAAUUUUAUUAAUUCUUCGGGAGGAAGGGGAGUAACAAUUAAAAAAAAGAGUCUCGUUCAAAAAAACAAAUCUCUUGAUUUGUAGGCACGUGUAUAGCCAAUUGUGCCUUUUUCGCUCACUAUACUAGUGAAACAAGUGAUGUCCAUUAUAAGACGACGAGCAACGUCACAGACAGUGGAUGAGGAGCACUCCCACUUGGGCGAUAUUGUUGGUGACUCUUCGCUGCAUGGAAAAAUGUUUAGCAGCUCUUCCACUGUUCCCGAUAAAUGCCGUCAAACUAACAGCAAUUACGACACUUAUCCUCCAAAAAAAUCAAACACUCAACUACCUUGCUAUCAUACGCCAGCGACAAGCAAUUUAGAGACUUUAAAGAAGCAAACAAUGUCCACAAGGCAUUCGCCAGGAAGAUUUUAUACAAAAAGAUUGGCUGCCUCGGCAACAAGAAGGAGUUAUAGUGAAAGUUCGGCUGAAAAACAAUUGCACAAAUAUACAACCAGCGAUAGCAGUCAAGACGAGGAUGAGCUUAUGACAUCCGAUAAACGAAAGCCUACGCGCAGAAGUAUGGGCAAUAGCCUGCAAUAUAGUCAUCACAGAUAUAAAAGCAAGACUGGAAACACCGAUGCGGAUGAUGCGGAUGCCAUUUGCUGUUUUUUAUUUGGCGAAAAGGCGCAACAUAUCAGCGAUUUAAUCGAUAUAGGCAUAAGAGUACUACUGGUGGUUGUUUUCAGUAAAUUGGAAACACAAACAGCUUUUAAACGAGUCAUACAUAUGGAAGAAAUGUGGUUGUAUAAAAAUCCUCGAACCCAAGACAUUGUCUCUCCCCUCUCCCUACUGUUGGCCGUUAUUUUUGGCCCCUUUAUAGUUACACUAGUACAUUUGGCAUUAACAAAAGACCGCAAGGACUUCAGGGCAGCAUCUUGGACAUGGACUUUGAUAUUGGGCUUGAAUGGCUUGGCCACAAGCCUUUUGAAAAUAAGUGUGGGUAGACCGCGGCCCGAUUAUUUCUAUCGUUGCUUUCCCGAUGGCGUUAUGCAUCUAUCGAAUAAUGCCACCAAUAUGGACAAUCUAUUGGAUUUGUUCAAUUGUACCGGCAGCACGAAUGCCAUAAACGAAGGACGCAAAAGUUUUCCCAGUGGUCAUUCGUCAUUUGCCUUUGCUGGGUUUGGUUUUAUAACCUACUAUGUGGGUGCCAAGUUGCAUGCCUUCAAUUAUCGCGGUCGCGGUCAAUCUUGGCGUUUAUGUUUAUCUAUAGCCCCUCUGGUUUUGGCCGCUUUAAUUGCUGUCAGCCGUACUUGUGACUACCAUCACCAUUGGGAGGAUGUUACAAUUGGCAGUUUUAUUGGCCUAUUUGUUUCCUAUUAUGUUUAUAGGCAAUAUUAUCCUUCGAUAUUUUCCACCAAUUGCCAUCGGCCUUAUCCCAAUUCACGCUCUAUGCACCAUAUUAAACGAAUGGCCGAGCCCGAAUUAAUUCCAUCCCGCCAUCGUAGACGUUUACUAUCUUACAAACCUUUGCCCAGUGAGGAGCGUACAGAAGCUAGUCUAUUGUCCGAGGAGCCAGGACAAAAUAGUUUUGGAAAUGACACCGAAAAACGGCCGUUAAUCAAUGAACAAAAGACAGAUAACAAAUGGUUUUAAAAUGAAUGAAACAUAAACAGCCCUGUAAUUUAAAUACAUAUAAUAAAAAAUAUAUGUAUGCAGAAACGUGGAUUGAGCUGUGCUUUUCCUUUUCAUUUGUU